CGACCGGGUACCCUCGCCGGACCCGAGAGAGAGCGCCGCCGCCAUCUUAGUUGCUGCCGCUGCCUCCAGCGAAGCGCUUCUCCAAGGAGGGGAGGGCGCCCGCGGCCCAGCGACACGGCGGCGGCUGCCCCUCGGACUCCGGUGCUCGCCGCAUCGCGAAGCAGCCGGCCCCGGGCCGCGAGAGCCCCGCUCGGCGUCCUGCGCGCCUCCCCGCCGUUCCCGCCCCGGGCCGGCCGCGGCGCCGGGAGUCCGAGCGAUGCUGCGCCGCCCUGCACCCGCGCUGGCCCCGGCCGCCUGGCUGCUGCUGGCCGGCCUGCUGUGCGGCGACGGGGUCUGGGCCGCGCGAGUUAACAAGCACAAGCCAUGGCUGGAGCCCACCUACCAUGGCAUCGUUACGGAGAACGACGACACGGUGCUCCUCAAUCCCCCGCUGAUGGCCCUGGAUAAAGAUGCACCUCUGCAUUUUGCAGAGAGUUUUGAGGUGACAGUCACCAAAGAAGGUGAGAUUUGUGGAUUUAAGAUUCACGGGCAGAAUGUCCCCUUUGAUGCAGUGGUGGUGGAUAAGUCCACUGGUGAGGGUGUGAUUCGCUCCAAAGAGAAACUGGACUGUGAGCUGCAGAAAGACUACUCGUUCACCAUCCAGGCCUACGACUGUGGGAAGGGACCCGAUGGCACCAACGUGAAAAAGUCUCAUAAAGCAACUGUUCAUAUUCAGGUGAACGAUGUGAACGAGUAUGCACCCGUGUUCAAGGAGAAGUCCUACAAAGCCACGGUCGCCGAGGGGAAGCAGUCGGAGAGCAUCCUGCGGGUGGAGGCCGUGGACGCAGACUGCUCCCCACAGUUCAGCCAGAUCUGCAGCUACGAGAUUGUCACCCCAGACGUGCCAUUCGCUAUCGACAAGGAUGGUUAUAUAAAAAACACAGAGAAGUUAAACUAUGGGAAGGAACACCAGUAUAAGCUGACCGUCACCGCCUAUGACUGUGGGAAGAAAAGAGCCGCGGAAGACGUUUUGGUGAAGAUCAGCAUUAAGCCCAGCUGCACCCCCGGGUGGCAAGGAUGGAAUAACAAGAUCGAGUACGAGCCUGGGACGGGUGCCUUAGCUGUCUUCCCAAACAUCCACCUGGAGACCUGCAACGAGCCAGUUGCCUCCGUGCGGGCCACGGUGGAGCUGGAGACCAGCCACAUAGGCAAAGGCUGUGAUCGGGACACCUACUCGGAGAAGUCCCUUCACCGGCUCUGUGGUGCUGCCUCUGGUACUGCCGAGCUGCUUCCUUCCCCGAGCAGCGCCUUGAACUGGACCAUCGGCCUCCCCACUGACAACGGCCAUGACAGCGACCAGGUCUUUGAGUUCAAUGGCACUCAAGCAGUGAGGAUCCCUGAUGGUGUUGUUUCUGUCAAUCCAAAAGAGCCUUUUACGAUUUCCGUGUGGAUGAGGCACGGGCCUUUUGGCAGGAAGAAAGAGACGAUUCUGUGCAGUUCAGACAUAACAGAUAGGAAUCGGCACCGUUACUCACUCUACGUCCAUGGGUGCUGGCUAGUGUUCCUUCUCCGUCAGGAUCCUUCCGAGGAGAAAAAAUACAGACCCGCGGAAUUCCACUGGAAGCUGAAUCAGGUCUGUGACGAGCAGUGGCACCACUAUGUCCUCAACGUGGAGUUCCCAAGUGUGACUCUCUAUGUGGAUGGUGUUUCUCAUGAGCCCUUCUCUGUGACGGAGGAUUAUCCUCUCCAUCCCUCCAAGAUAGAAACUCAGCUCGUGGUUGGGGCGUGCUGGCAAGAAUAUUCAGGACUUGAAAGUGACAAUGAAACUGAGCCUGUGACUAUGGCCUCUGCAGGUGGCGACCUGCACAUGACUCAGUUUUUCCGAGGUAACCUGGCUGGCUUAACACUGCGUUCCGGGAAACUUGCGGAUAAGAAGGUGAUUGACUGUCUGUAUACCUGCAAAGAGGGGCUGGACCUGCAAGUCCCGGAAGAUGGUGGCAGAGGCGUGCAGAUCCAAGCAAACCCCAGUCAGUCGGUGUUGACCUUAGAGGGAGAAGAUGUUGGGGAGUUGGACAAGGCCAUACAGCAUGUUUCCUACCUGAACUCUCGGCAGUUUCCCACACCUGGAAUCCGAAGACUCAAAAUCACCAGCACAAUCAAGUGUUUUAACGAGGCCACCUGUAUCUCCGUGCCCCCAGUAGAGGGCUACGUGAUGGUUUUACAGCCCGAAGAGCCCAAGAUCAGCUUGAGUGGCGUCCACCACUUUGCUCGAGCAGCUUCUGAAUUUGAAAGCUCAGAAGGGGUUUUCCUUUUCCCCGAGCUUCGAAUCAUCAGCACCAUCACCCGAGAAGUGGAGCCCGAAGGCGACGGGGCUGAGGACCCCACAGUUCAAGAGUCACUGGUGUCCGAGGAGACAGUGCAUGACCUGGACGCCUGUGAGGUCACGGUGGAGGGGGAGGAGCUGAACCGAGAGCAGGAGAGCCUGGAGGUGGACACAGCCCGCCUGCAGCAGAAGGGCAUCGAAGUGAGCAGCUCCGAGCUGGGUGUGACCUUCUCAGGUGUGGACAGCAUGGCCAGCUACGAGGAGGUUUUGCACCUCCUGCGCUAUCGGAACUGGCACUCCAGGUCUUUGCUAGACCGGAAAUUCAAGCUCAUCUGCUCGGAGCUGAAUGGUCGCUACAUCAGCAACGAGUUCAAGGUGGAGGUGAACGUCAUCCACACGGCCAACCCCCUGGAGCACGUAAACCACAUGGCUGCCCAGCCGCAAUUCGUGCACCCUGAGCAUCGUUCCUUCGUCGACCUGUCUGGUCACAACCUGGCCAGUCCCCACCCGUUCGCAGUUGUCCCCAGCACGGCGACCGUUGUGAUUGUGGUGUGUGUCAGCUUCCUGGUUUUCAUGAUCAUCCUGGGAGUGUUCCGGAUCCGUGCCGCACACCAGCGUACCAUGCGGGACCAGGACACUGGGAAGGAGAGUGAAAUGGACUGGGACGACUCUGCCUUGACAAUCACCGUCAACCCCAUGGAGACGUACGAGGACCAGCACAGCAGUGAGGAGGAGGAGGAGGAAGAGGAGGAGGAGGAGAGUGAGGAAGGUGAGGAGGAGGAUGACAUCACCAGUGCAGAGUCGGAGAGCAGCGAGGAGGAGGAGGAGCAGGGUGACCAGCAGAGUGGGAGCCGGCAGCAGCAGCUCGAGUGGGACGACUCCACCCUCACCUACUGACCGUCCACCAGCCUCGCGUGCGCUUCAGAAGACUCUGCCGCCACCUGUCCUCCCAGUCCCAAGGGUCCACGAUGUACAAAGUCAUUUUGGCCAGUAGGUCUGCUGACCCCCCUCGCUGCCCGUUCGCUGUGCUCCAUGUGUAGGAUGUAGGCUCCCGCCUGCCCCCUCCGCUCCAUCACGCUGUCAGUCACUCGAGGUGCUGUCACCUCCCCUGGCCAUGUCCGGCUCCCACCGGGGCCCCACACAUGCAUCGGGAGUCUCCUUCUGGUGGCGAGAGGACGCUGGCCCCUCACACUCCAGAAAAGCCACGAUGACUAGACUUGGUGACAAAGGGUAUAAAAAUUGCUCACUCCCAUCUGGUAAUCAUUUUUUUCUUUUUUUAAAAAAAAGUUUUUAUUUUUUCCAAACUAGUGCAUGUAUAAAUAAUGGCAGAAUGGGGGUUAACAUGUAGAUGAUUAAUUGACUUUUUAAUAUUUUGUAAAUAAAUCGGGAUUCUUCGUGUCCCUUGUGCUAGUGUACUCCAGGACUGGAAUGUAAAGUUCAGGGCGCUGAGCGCUGGAGAGGCCCUGGGGCUCUUCCCGACUCCUACCCCAGACUCAAGGCCCCUCCCACCCCACUCAGAUCUGGGUGUGGUGGGCAGGUGGGCCACAGGCUCUGCUGCUCAGGGGGCGGGUCGGGCACCCCUCCUGGGAAGCUGGAAGUAGCCAGGGCUUGUCUGCAGUCCUACCUGCCCCUAUUUUGGCAUUGGGGGUGGGGCUGCGGGGGUCCCUGGCUCUUUACGCACUCCUCCCGUGACAGCAGCUCCCUGUGCAGUGGCCUGGACUCCUCGUGUGCAGCCUUGUGGUUUCUACCUUAUAAACGUGUCUCCCCUCUGGUGGAUGUGUAUAUAGGUUAUACUAAUGGACAGGUGUCAUGCAAUUUUCUGAACACUUUGGAGAAAGCAACAGGCUUCGAGUGGUCUGUACCCAAAGGAGACCCUCUGGCCUGAAGGCAAAGUGAUGGAAUUUCCCAAAACAGCCUGUGCUCUCCUCUCUCCUCUCUCCUCCCCAGACCCCCUGUGGGACUCCCCCUGCUGUCUGGGGGAAACCCUACCCCCUGUUGGUGGGGGUUGGUGGAAGGAGAGAGGGUGGUCAGGAUCCACAACCCACGGGCGCACUUUGCUUUUCAUUUACAUGUGAAAUUUUAGAUUUCUACAACUGGGGGAACUCAUUUUAAAUACUCUGUGACUCUGCUGGUUUCAAGGACACUGACGGUUGUGCUGUUGUGUGGGGCCGUCCUCCUCGUCCUGUCCCUCCAGCUGCUCUGUUUAGACCAUGGGUGGAGCUAACACAAAGGGGGACGUUGUCACCCUGUCCCCGCCGCGGUAUCCCUUUUCAGAUGUGUAUAUUGAUGAUAGGUCUGAAAGUGUAUACACUACAAUAAAGUUCUGGUUCUAACUCCAGUUGGAGGAGGUUGGUUUUC